AUGGCGAAAAAGCCAGAUACAGCGCUUUUAAAAGAGUACAGGCACAAGCCCCUGUCAACCAAGACAUGUACUCGCAUCAUUGAAGUCUUCCCAGCUACCCACAGUACCGACAUAUUGAGGUGCCGACUGCUCGAGGUUGAGCUUGAGGAGGCGAAAGGCUCUUACGAGGCCGUUUCUUAUGUUUGGGGACAGCCCAAAUUUUGCUGCCAAAUUGUGGUAAUCGACAAUGAAGACGCCAAGAAUGCCGAGAUCGAAUACAGCCUUCCCAUCACUCAAAAUCUAAGCGAAGUCCUCUGCCGAUUUCGGCACACGGAAAAUUUUCAGGGUACCGUCAAUGAUCGGGUCAAUUCGGAUUCUGCAUCCACAGUCCCAAGGAGGUUAUGGGCUGAUGGUGUUUGCAUCGAUCAAGGUAGUGUCGAAGAAAAGAGCCAUCAUAUCGCCAUGAUGACCGCCAUAUACACCAAGGCCAAGGGUGUACUCGUUUGGCUGGGCCACGACAAGAAAGGAGAAGAGGCAUUGCGUUCUCUCACCUCGGAUGCAGACAUACGCGAUGGAAAUGACCCUCCUUGCAUCCAAAACGCUUUGCAUCUCCCAUGGUUCAGUCGCCGCUGGGUAGUACAAGAGGCGGUACUCAACGGGAAUACAGACGUCUACUGUGGAGCAGUCUCGAAACACUUCUAUGAUGUUGGUCGGAAUGCCCUGCAACUUAUGCACUCCCAGAAUGCAUUGACACUUGGUCCAAGGCUCUUGAAACGAGCGGAGGGACUCGAUGCCGUGUUCAACCUAUUCUUCUACAAGCAUUUCGCCACAUAUUCAUAUUACGAGAUGGAAUUUACCAGUCUCAUGCUCGCAUUCGACGAAUAG